ACCAGGGCAACAUGUAAAUGAAGAUUUUAACUAAAUGACACAGAGUCUAAAUAACAGGUUUAGGUCUGUACAUCUUUCUCUGUAUUAUCACCACAUAUAAGGGAUGUCACUCAUUUAACAAGCAGUUACCCUGACUGCAGCACUGAGGGAAGACUCUACAGUGUCUAAUGCUGUCAAGGAUCAGAUCACCAUGUGAGUGGUAACAAAGCCACUCCCUUUGCUCUGAAUUAUAUUUAGCGCACACUAACAUGGAAGACCAACCUGCGCUCUCCCUGGCUACUCAGUCUAACAGAAACAGUUGUUAAACAAAGGGUUUUAUACUUUUCUUCAGGCAAGAAUGUUUUCGAACUGUGCUCUUACUAAAACCGGGCAGGGAUUAAGUUGUGACAGUUUGUUGAACACUGGGCAUUGAUCAGGUCAGAGUGGGAGGGCAGCAGGCGGGAUCACAGCCUCCAGUGAAAACUGUCUUAGGGAAGUUUAACUUGGCACUGCAUUUUCCUCUUUGGUUCAGGAGAACAUGGUCUCUGUGUGAGCUGAAGUGGCUCAAUCACCAAGUGACUCUGGAUCUGCACUGCUUUAGGAGAUGAACAUUAUCAGACGUAUCUCCUGGUUUUGUUUAUAAAACUAAGUCUGCAUCUGUGAGCCAGUAUGGGGGACUGGAACUUGUUGGGGAAGCUGCUGGAGAGUGCCCAGGAGCACUCUACUGUUGUGGGCAAAGUCUGGCUGACAGUGCUCUUCAUCUUCCGCAUCCUGGUGCUGGGAACUGCCGCUGAAAAGGUGUGGGGUGACGAGCAGUCCGGGUUCACCUGUGAUACUAAGCAGCCUGGUUGUCAGAACGUCUGCUAUGACAAAACCUUCCCCAUUUCUCACAUCCGCUUCUGGGUGAUGCAAAUUAUCUUUGUCUCUACACCAACUCUUAUUUAUUUGGGCCACAUUCUUCAUCUGGUCCGCAUGGAGGAAAAGGAGAAGCAGAAAGAGAAGGACCUCGCCAUCCAGAAUGAAAAGCAGCAGCAGUUACUUGGCAACAAGACCAAGAAGGCCCCAGUUAAAGACAACCAGGGCCACGUACGUUUGCAGGGCGCACUGCUGCGAACCUACGUCUUAAACAUUAUUUUCAAGACCCUGUUUGAAGUCGCCUUUAUUGUAGCUCAGUACUUCCUAUAUGGCUUUGAGCUCAAGCCGAUGUACACCUGCGACCGCUGGCCUUGCCCAAACGUGGUUAACUGCUACAUCUCCCGACCCACUGAGAAGACAGUCUUCAUCCUCUUCAUGCUGGUGGUAGCCUGCAUCUCAUUGCUGCUCAACCUGGUGGAAAUGUACCAUUUAGGUUUCACAAAGUGCCACCAGGGGCUCCGCUACAGACGAUCACAGGCUGCAAGUCAGGCCCCCAAGCACUUAACUGAGGCAGUUAUGCCCUUUGUGCCGAGCUACAACUACUUUGCUGGUCAUCCUGCAGUGCCUGAGCCUUUCCUUACAGACUCAAAGUAUGGUAUGACAGAGCCAAACUCUGCUUACAGCCCCUACAACAGCAAAGUGGUUUACAAGCAAAACAGAGACAAUAUGGCUGUGGAGAGGAAAGGUAAAUCAGAGGGAGAUGUUGUGAAGGAGAGGUUAACCUCCAGUCCUGUCUUUGAGAUGCCCAUUGAAAAUCAGCGCAGAAACAGUCAGUCAAGCAAGCACAGCAACAACAAGAGUAGACUGGAUGACUUGAAGAUCUAAGGAACCUUCUGUGUUUCUAUCCAAGACUCAGGAACGACAUGCUUUAGCCUGUAAAAUUAUUUGCAUGAGUAUGGAAAACUGUUAGGGACAAAACUACUGAGUUGGGACAAAAUUACUGAAUUCAAACAAAACAGAUUACAGCUGUGAUCAAUUUGCAAUGCAAGAUUUGGGCGCACAGAGGGACUUUUCCGUAAGCUUGGAAUGCUCAUGGUAUGUUUUUGGCUGGAUGGCAACAGCAGGCUCCUAGUCUCUAGAUUUAGAGACUGGGUAAAAACCUGGUUCAUACCUGGAUUGUUUAUGGAUACCAACCAGGGGCUUAGGGCUACACCUUCUGCUAUGGGCAGUCUACCGAGCUGCUCUGGUUUGCUGCUUGGGAACUGCAGGUAAGCGGAGGAGCGCUUCCAAUAAACUGAGCCUUGCCUCCAUUACAACACUCAAACUACUUUCAUUACAUGUAUCAUUAUUACCUAAGGAGGCAGAAGAAUAACUAAACAUAAAACACACCAAGCAGAGAGAGAAGGUCUAUAAUGCAUCUCCUAGCAAAAAUAGACAGAGAAAAGACCUAUUGAUGUCAUACUGACAUCAUAACAGCAACAUUUCUUAAAACUGACACCUUCCACUAUAGUUUCAAUGUCCAGUCUGAAUCUGAAUAUGACAGACAUGAAAACAUUAUUUUUAACCAUUUUAGCAGUUGUAUGUGGAUACAGUGGCAUUUUAAUGGUUCAAAAUUAAAUCAGAAAUUAAUUUAUAAUAAAAUGACAUCCAACAUUCAAGUAAUCUGCAUACUCUGCAUACUAUGUACAGAGAUAGAGCUGCAGUAGCAGACCACUGCAUAAAUGGUGUGAACACACUCACGUGCUUCUCUGUAGCAGCUCAGUGACGUCAGCCACCACGCGAUGCGCCAGUGGGUUUGAGUCCAGCCUAUGGCCCUUUGCUGCAUGUUAUUCCCGUUAUCCCAUCUCUCUCUUGAUUUGACUGUAAUAAAGGCAAAAGCCUGAAUUUGCAUUUUGUCAAAUGUUGACUUUCAAUUUUUUGCACAUGCUCAGUAGUUUUGACAUUAGUUAAUUUCUGUAUUUAUGAGUGAUGAAGAUGCAGAUUAAUUGAGAAUUUGUUGUUUACAAGUAAUUUAUUUAAACUGAAACUGUGAGGUGAAUGAAAAAGAUGUAAAAAGAAAAGCAAAAACAUAUUACACUUGUUUGUCUUACUGCCAUUUGAAUAUGUGAGAAUAUGUGAGACUCCAGUUUGUAUAUACAUAUACAUUUACACAUAUACACAUUUAAGAGCCAUAUAGUUUACAUAUGGACAGACUUCUCAAAUGCUGUUAUAUUUUCAAGAGACUUAGUAAGUUUUCCCACUGAACAUUUGCUUUUAACAAUCAAAUACUGGCAAUAAAUAUUAACGUUUAAUAAGAGUUUCUACAAAAGCAGAUACCAUGAAAUGUAUAAGCAUUCAAUUUGUUUUUUGUGACUGUAAUUUGAUUAAACUAAU